UCGGUGCGGUAUAUAAGGGCCCCGUCGAAAUCCCUCCGAAAACUUCGAAGAGAAACCCUAGUGGCCGCUUCUCCCUCCCUCCCUUCGCGCUCUCCUCUUCCUCUUCCUCUUCUCCCUCCGAUCGCCUCCACGGUGCACGAUGAAGUUUAAUAUCGCGAAUCCGACUACAGGGUGCCAGAAGAAGCUCGAGAUCGAUGACGACCAGAAACUUCGCGCCUUCUUCGACAAAAGGAUCUCUCAGGAGGUCAGUGGGGAUGCUCUUGGUGAGGAGUUCAAGGGCUAUGUUUUCAAAAUCAUGGGAGGCUGUGACAAGCAGGGCUUUCCAAUGAAGCAGGGUGUCCUUACCCCUGGACGUGUCCGCUUGUUGCUUCAUAGAGGAACUCCUUGCUUCCGUGGGUACGGGAGGCGUAACGGAGAACGGAGGAGGAAGUCCGUCCGUGGGUGUAUCGUCAGCCCCGACCUCUCUGUUCUGAACUUGGUUAUUGUCAAGAAAGGGGAGAAUGAUCUCCCUGGCCUGACUGACAUCGAGAAACCCAGAAUGAGGGGACCCAAAAGGGCUUCUAAGAUCCGGAAGCUGUUCAACCUCUCCAAGGAGGAUGAUGUCCGUAAAUAUGUUAAUACAUACCGCCGCACCUUUACCACCAAAUCAGGGAAGAAGUGUAGCAAGGCGCCGAAGAUCCAGAGGCUGGUGACGCCGCUGACGCUGCAGAGGAAGAGGGCUCGUAUUGCGGACAAGAAGAAAAGGAUCGCCAAGGCCAAGGCGGAGGCCGCCGAGUACCAGAAGCUCCUCGCCACCCGCCUCAAGGAACAGCGUGAGCGCCGCAGCGAAAGCCUCGCCAAGCGGCGGUCCAAGCUCUCCGUCGCCGCGUCCAAGGCAUCGCCCGCCGCCGCUUGAAACCUUAGGUCCUGCCCUCCACCCCACCCUCUCUCUCUCUUUCUCUCUCUCUCUCUCGAUUUUUCAUUGAUGAGACUGACUUUUGGACCGACUGGUUAUUGACUGUUGGAGUUCUCAAGGCUUUUUCACAAGGGGUUUCACUCGGGUCGGCAUUGAUGAUGAUUUUUUUGUUGAUUUGUAUUGAGUUCAAAUAUUUCUGUUUCUUCGCGAAAUGUGUUAAUUAUCAGCUAGAUGCAGUUUCAUGCACCAUGAGUUUCAAAAGGAUUUUACCGUAGUUUUAUGCAA